AUGGCUUUUAACCUUAAGCUCUCUCUUUUCUUUGCUUUCUUGGCAUGCAGCAGCUUGGACUGCUACAAGGCCAGGGCACUACCAUCGGCCUCAGCCUCAAACCUUAUGGCUCGCUUAAAACUAGACGGACACUCGCAGAAUUGCUGGGGCUCUUUGGUGCAACUACAAGCAUGUUCUGGGGAGAUUAUUCUUUUCUUCCUGAACGGUGAGGCUCAGCUUGGUCGUAGCUGUUGCCAGGCCUUGAGGACCAUCGGUGAACAUUGCUGGCCUAACAUGAUUGACACACUCGGGUUUACAGCAGAAGAGGGACAAAUUCUUGAGGGAUACUGCGACAAAGCUGCCGAUCCCACUACUCCGUCGCCACCAGCACCAUCUGUAAUGCCUGCUAAGGUUGUUCCAAAGCAAAAUUAA